AUGAGCAGGUGUGAAGGCAGCCGUUUCAUUUCUUACCGGGUCACUUCACAUUCAACAACCAGUCGGAAAGAGCAAAACGCAAAAACAACAGGUGAACGCACUGUUGCAAGCCUGAAAAAAGUGACUCUACAAUCUAACGUCGAUCUACACGCACGAAUUCAGCUGCCGCCCAUCGGCCCAUCCCUGCUGAAAUUUAAUGUUUGCUCCACCACUCCACCAUGUGACCUUGUACGUUUGACCAGCAGAGAACUAGUACGCUCUUGUGGUGUUCUCGAGAACCAGGAAGCGCGCAGUGUGUUGUUUUCUGCGAAGAAAACCCUACGGAAUGUCGCCGAAGACGCCGCAAGUGUUGCUUUUCUUGGCUGCCUUUUUGGGAGUAUUUCAGCUGGGACUUUCGCUGAAAUGCUACAAGUGUAAUGGGUGCGAAACAGCGUCUACUUUGAAGGAAACAUGUCGGGAUGUGGAUCCACAGACCGAGCAGAGCGGGUGUAUGACGCAGGUAGUCCGAACUGGAGGCACUGCUGGAAGUCUGACGGUAAAAAAAUGUGCAGUUUAUGGUAAAGACGACAGAUUCGAAUGUCCAGUGCUUCCAAGUGGAGACACAGUUGCUUGCAGUAUGUGUCAUGAAGAUUUUUGUAAUUCUGGAACCAAGAUCGCGACGAAUUUUUAUCUAUAUUUGAGCAUAUUUGUUAUGUUGCUUGUACCACGAUUUUUUAAUUUAUAAAAAUGAUCUUGUGUGCCUGGAUAUUUUGGUGUUAAACUUUUCAUAUUUUAAUUUUAUUUUUUGUAAAUAAAAUUUGUUAUUUAGUUGCCA